AUGGCUCAUGGCGUGCCGCGAGAAUUCGACACGGUCAUUGUUGGGAACGGCCCCUCGGCUCUGAUCUUGUCCUAUAUUCUUCAUGGCAAUCUGCCUUAUUACGACGAGUCCCGUCCUCAUCCCGAUCCCAUCUUACAUGAAAAACUCCUCCGGUCGAACAAGGAUUUGCUGAAUCUUGACAUUGACGGAUUAACCGAGCAUUUCGCGGCCUCGAGGUUCUCCUACUCGACACAAGCACUCCCCGUUAAUGUCCUCUGGGACACCUUGGUGAGACCGCAGGGCGAGACCGACGAUGCGCAGAAGACAUGCAUCAAAUGGCACCAUGAUCCUUCACGAGCCGUGUCACAUCUUGUCAUGGGAAAUACGAUCAGAGCGGGAGGGCAAUGGGUUGACAAUCCGGCCCCUGCCAGUUGGGACAUUGGCACCUUGAGCUAUGCGGGCAUGAUAUCGCUUCCUGGUUACGGGUUUGACGAACACUAUCAAAGGCGCUAUGGACAACCUAUGCCCAUUUACCUGCGGCCUUCGAGACAAGCCGUGGCCGAAUAUCUAGCCACGUACCCUGACCAGGCAGGAAUCGCCGAAUCGCUCCAAAACGGCCAACAGGUAACUGGGGUUUCUCGGUACCAGGACGGCUUUCAUAUCGCUUCACACAACAUCUUCUGCCGGAACCUGGUAUUGGCAUCGGGCAUCUUCAGCGACCUCAUCCCACCACCGCCAGUACUCACCCCUCUCCUCGGCCUCGCCGCGGUCCCCGCCCACCCGUCUGGAUAUUUCCCGGAGCCGCUCCUCGUCAUCGGCUCCGGCUUCAGUGCCGCGGACGUGAUUAUUUCGAGUCAUCCCCGCCAAAGAAUCAUCCAUGUCUACAGAUGGGCACCGUCAACGUCCCCGUCUCCGUUGCGAGCGUGUCACCAACAAGCAUACCCGGAAUACGCCGGGGUAUAUCGACGCAUGAAGCUCGCCGCUCUGUCAUCUCCAUCGUCUAAGGAAAGGCGGCCUAAAGUGCGGCAGACGCAGUCCGAAUUUGACCUCAGCCGCGACUGGAAGACGACAUACGAAGGCCUGCCGAAUGCCGAGAUCAUCCACGUCGAAUCUGCGCAUGACAGAACCGCACUUGUCACAUUCCGAACUGGCCAUGGUCUACCUUUUCAAUACCGAGUCGGCAGCUUCGCGUACGUCGUCGGACGACGAGGGUCCCUAAACUACCUGUCGUCGGAACUGGUCAAGGCGAUCCUCCCCAGCGAUGCCAAGGACGCCAGCACCAUGGUGUCAGGACAGACGCUGCGCGAAAAGGCAAACGAGGACCUUGAACUCGCGCCGCAUGUCUUCAUCAUCGGCAGUCUGACAGGCGACUCGUUGAUCCGCUUCGCGUACGGUGGCUGUGCAUAUGCUGCCGGCAAGAUCAUGCGGCGCUCGAUGGAGAGGAUCGGUAAAGUCGAGUUCAGCGGAGGAACAGACAAAGAUCCUUCUGGCAACAAUAAUGGCAACAUCAAUGGCAAUAGUAACGACAUCAUCGUCCCUUUGCGAGAAGGUCAAAAUCGGUGCCAGACACCGUCGCCACGGAUCCCCGCCAUGAACGGCCUCGAUGGCCACGAGGCAAGUCCCGUCAGCUUGGUAGAGAGUGGUAUGCCAUUGGACAGACGACAGACGGAAGGAGGUACCCUAGUCUCAACUGAAAUGGUCCCGGCUUAA